AUGCAGCUAGUCGUGAUGGACCAGGCCUCAUUGGAGAGAGUCCGCAAUGCACCAAAGUCGAUCCUGGCAAAGACAGACAGGGUGAACAUUCUUAUCAACGACGCCGGCAUCAUGGCGGUGCCAGAUCUCCAAACUCACGCUGGAACUAGCCCAGAAUUCCAGUCUCGCGUGGUCAGCUUGGCAUCUUCGGGACACAGGCUAGGCGGUAUCAACCCUUCCAACAACUGGCACUAUCAGAAAGGGGAUUACAACCCGUCCCUCGCAUACGCGCAAUCCAAAACGGCGAACAUAUACAUGGCCAAUGAAAUUGAACGUUGUUUCGGAUCGCUGGGGCUGCAUGCAACGAACGUUCAUCCGGGUGGGAUCGCCACUGGGCUGGGACGACACCUUCCUGCAGAGUACCUGCAAAAUUUGCAUCAGAACCAAGGUUUGAUCAAAAUCUUCAAAAGCCCGGAGCAAGGUGCUGCUACCUCCAUUUGGGCUGCGACUGGUAAGGAAUGGGAGGGUAGGGGUUGGAGAUACCUGUCUGAUUGUUCCGAAGCGAUGCCCGGGAGGAUGAUAUGGAUUCGUGGAGUGCAAUAG